UUGGACCCGAAUGCACAGUGGUGAAUACUAGCUGGAUAUUUGGCAAAUAUUAUAGCAUAAAAACUACUAUUACUGCAAAGUUGUGAAUCCCAUUGCAGUACUGUUUAUGUCCCAUCAUUCAUCUCACCCCACGCUUCAGUGGAGCUACCGCAGAACGCAACGUGAUUACGUUGCGUGUUGCGACUGUACACCGUUCUGACAGUGCCGCAAUUCUAUCGUGAGGGGGACCUCCCUUCGUAGGGAUGCUGCCCUUGUUAUGUUCUAUAAUAAGUCAUAACAAAUUUAAAUUAUUCAUCGAGUUUUGUGCUGCGUCCAUCUGAUCCGCUCCCAUCGGAUAAGACACCAUGGACAUGUUGACCUCCUCCCCCAACCUCUAGACCUUGGUCCUCUCUGCUACCAUCACUUUUUGUGCCUGCCUUCAGUCCCUCACUCUGCGUCCCUAAGAAAGGAGCCAUGUCAGGGGUGGUGAAGGUGCGUCGGGGGGCCGUGGACACCCAAAGGCUGGCUGGGAUGUUGCAGAGGCGAGCCACUCAGACUUUGGUCAUAGACAGCCGCACCUUCUCAGAGUACAACGCGUCACACGUGCUGAACUCCAUCAAUGUCUGCUGCUCCAAACUGGUGAAGAGGAGGCUCCAGCAGGACAAGGUGUCUGUCACUGAGCUCCUGCUACCCAAUGGAAAGAUAAAGGUGAACCUGUGCAGGAAACAGGAGGUGGUGGUUUAUGACCAGAGCACCAAAGAUGCCAGUCUGCUCUCCAAAGACAGCUUUGUCUACAUCCUAUUGUCCAAGCUGGAGCAAACAUUCAACCAGGUGUCUUUACUCACAGGGGGCUUUGCGGCCUUCUCCUCCUGUUUCCCCGGCCUGUGCGAGAGCAAGCAGGCCACCAUCCUCCCCAUGAGCCUGUCUCAGCCCUGCCUGCCUGUCGCCAACGUGGGCCCCACCCGCAUCCUGCCCCACCUCUACCUGGGCUCCCAGAGGGACGUCCUCAACAAGGACCUGAUGGCACAGAAUGGCAUCACCUAUGUGCUGAAUGCCAGUAACACCUGUCCCAAGCCAGACUUCAUCAGCGAGAGCCACUUCAUGCGCAUUCCCGUCAACGACAACUACUGUGAGAAGCUGCUGCCCUGGCUAGACAAAACCAAUGACUUCAUCGACAAAGCCAAGGUGUCUAACUGCCGCGUCAUCGUCCACUGUCUGGCGGGCAUCUCGCGCUCGGCCACCAUCGCCAUCGCUUACAUCAUGAAGACUAUGGGGCUGUCAUCUGAUGAUGCCUACAGAUUUGUAAAAGACCGGAGGCCGUCGAUCUCCCCCAACUUUAACUUCCUGGGCCAGCUGCUGGAGUUUGAGAAGGGCCUGAAGGUGUUGAAGGCGCUGACCUGCCACCCCAUGAAGACUCUGAUGGAGCGCCACGAGGAGGAGCAGGAGGCCCGGGAGAUGUUCGGUGAGCAGAGGGAGGCUGGCACCGCUCCGAGCUGCCUCCCAGGUGGCCGAGAGCGCGGCUCAGAUGCUGUCGCUGGGGGCUCUGAACCCAAACUCGUCAGCUCCGGCGGACUGCAGCGGGGCCUGAAUGGCCUGCAUCUGUCUGCUGAGCACAUUGCUGAUACCAACCGCCUCAAGCGCUCCUUCUCCCUGGACAUCAAGUCUGUGUACAACCCUGGCCAGUGCCAGCGCCUCUCCCCGCCCAAGCUGGCGCUCACGCCCAUCAGCUCUGAGGAUGUGCCCAAACUGUGCAAGCUGGACAGCCCCGAGAACAGCAACGGCGUGUGCCAGUACUCCCCCGUGCUGGACAGCCCAGGCUUGGCCGAAUCGCCGAGCGGAGGGGCAGGGGAGGGCCGGGUCCGGCAGCGGAGGAAAGGAAGGCGCAGCAGCAGCAACAGUAGCAGCAGCAGCAGCAGUGGUACUAGCAGCCUUAGCGAGACCUCCACCCCACCCACCCCUCCACACUCCCUCUCCCUCAGCCUGAACCUCCCCCAUCCCCUGCUCGCGCCCCACAACCCCCACUCCGAACAGGUCAGCGGCAGGAAGAGCUCACUGCUGGUCAGCCCCACUUGGUCCCAGCACAGGGACACAGUGCAGGCCACCACACCCAGCACCCCCACCGGCGAUUGCCCAUGGUUCCUGGGCUCCGGAUGCGGCCCUGGUUCCGGCUCGGACAUCUCCUCCGCGGCUUCCUCCACGCUGCGCUUCGGGAGCAGCUCGGCCUACAUGGCGUUCGGCUGCAGCGGGCGCGCCGGCUCCUGCGAGGAACGGGUGCAGCUGCGGGACAAGCCCAGGGAGGGCAGGGACUCGCGGGGCAGCUGGCACGAGGACACCUCGGCCUCUGGCGGCAGCAGUGUGGUGGACAAACAGUUCAAGCGCCUCAGCUGCCAGAUGGAGUUUGAGGAGGCCAUCUCAGAGAACUCCAGGGAGGAGCUGGGCAAGCUGGGCAAGCAGUCGAGUUUCUCCGGGAGCAUGGAGAUCAUCGAGGUGUCCUGACACCACGGCCUGGGACUGACAUGGACAGACGGGAGGAGUUAAAUGAGGUGGUUGUAACUAUUACACAGACCUUUUUCAGGUCGGCUUCAGUUAAUGGGCUUGGAAGAAUCCUGCCUCACAGAGACAGACAGACAGACCGACCAACAGUUCAGAUAUGAGGGUCUGUGUGUUAGGCUGGGCUAUGAGGAAAGACUCCAGUUGUCACAGAGUACCAGGCAAAUGAAAUGCAGGCUGGACUUUUUGGCAAAGGGAGCUUUGCCCUGACGUGCUCGAUGGACAGUUUGCAUUGACAGAGGUAAAAGAAUGACAUUCAUUGAGUUUCUCCUAUUGGACUGCAGUACUUUGAAAGACAAGUGCCAUACUCCAGCACCAAAGGAAAGCUAUGAACACACACACACACACACACACACACACACACACACACACACACACACACACACACACACACACACACACACACACCAGGCGUGCUACUGUACCGUUCGAAAUGAAGGAUGCUCUUUUGGGAGAACUCAGAUUCCCAGCAUGCCCAAAUUAAUUAACAUGAAGAGGACUGUGGUUCACCACAGGUGAAAACAUAAAGAUUCUUUACAGUUUUGUUUUCUUUUGACAUUCUGUCAAUUUUUUCAGUGUUAACAGCUAUAUGCACCGCAAAAGUAUUAGUUGUGAUAAUAUCCUGUGUGUUUAUGGUAGGAGUUGCACCAGUGGUGCACUCUCAACCAAACUACUGUAACUCCUCCUCCAAAUGUACACUGAGCAUGCUCAAAGUGGCUGGCUACCUACAGAAAGACAAGCUGUGUACCAACAGCACUAAGCUUUAUAUAUAUAUAUAUAAAUAUAUAUAUAUUAAAAUAUAUAUAUCCGUACACAUAUACAUGCAUAUGUAAAGACUCGUACUGCAAUUUUAAUGGACAAAUGUUUUAUCCAUUAUUAUGUUUUAAUUUAUUUUAUCUGUUUCAUUCUGGCAAUGAGAAAUAAUAUAAUAUUUGUGAACUUAUGUUGUUUAUUUCUUGCAGUUUAACUGUAUUGUAUUUAUAAGAAUGCAAACACUUACAAACAAAACACAAACUCCAGCAAUACAAAACGAUUUUAAAAAGAUCUCUAUCAAUCUGACAAACCUCCUCUUGUGUGCCAGUCUCUCAUAACCUGCACAUGCAUGCCAUGAUUGAGAACCCCUUGCCUGAUUAUUGCAGCCCUUCUGUGCUGUCCUGACUAUACAAUAUAUAUACCGGCUAUUGGUAUGCACACAGUGAAGAAUGAACGUCACACAUGACAUGAAAAGUGGCAGAAAACCACCUUUUGUUCUGAACUCAGUUGCGGUGCGGCUCUCCGACCUCAGCAUGGUGCCUGGGAAAGACUCAAACGCUCUGUGGAUCCAGACUCAAACCCACUGUGCUCUCACACUUCCACCAUUCAGACAACACCAGUUAAGCACACAGCACUUGCGGAAUGACUGUUCAAGGCCUUUCCCAGGCACCCAUGCAGUGGAAUAGGCCAAACGCCGCUAAGGGACAUUCUCAGUCUCAGGGGAAACUCCCAGGAUCGAUUGGUUUCAUUGAGCACACCAAUACAAUAAAGGCCUCUUGGAUCACUUUUUCCUUCCUUUUCUCUCUCUACAAUUUUCUUUUUUUACUGUCUUUCAGUUUCCACUGCUCUCUCCUAUGCUUGGGUAAUGGGUAAUGGGUAAUGGGGGGUAUGGUUCAGCACAAUGUGAACAGGAUAACUGAGAUAACGCAGAAUCUCAGCUCCUUUCCUCCGGUUGGCUUGUGCUUGUGUGUUGGCCCUACUCUUGCUGCUGGACCUUCUAUGUUCCUUUCUGUUCUUUCUCCUCAGCCUUUUAAUUGUUGAAGAACAAGCAGGCGGUCCUUGUGUAAUUAUUAUAAUGAUAUUGGUAAUUUUGAUAUUGCUGUAAAUAGCGACAUUUACAGAUACCUUAGGCUGCUUGAUGCAAAAUACCUCAGGUUCUAUUCAAAUGCUUUUUCCUCUCCUUGUACCUGUUUUGUGAAAACGAAGCAAAAUACAAGCAAAACCACA